UAUGACCUCGCGCCUUUAAGACGAAACCACGUGAUCUGGUCGGCGCUACGUCAUACCCGGAUGUGAAGCGGCUGUCGUUGAAUGUUUUCAUGGCUGUUGUGUUUCCAGUGGUGAUAUUCACGAACAGGAGCUCCUGCAGAAACCACAGCUGAACCAUGAACCGUCUCAGUCGACAACCCCGUUUCCUCGCGUUUACAGGAAACUAACGGCACCGUGGACUCCCCCGCCAUAAAACCGUGGGUGUUUACGUGGAGACCACUGGUUUGCUGAGGGACAUGUGACCUGGUGACCAUGAUGGCCUUUGGAGCAAGAGCCGUCCUCCUCAACCUGAGGUACACUUUCCAGAAGGCAGGCUCCUUUACCAGAACCAGACUGCUCCAAAAGUCCAGGACGUGUUUUGGUACAAGAGGCCAGAUUUUAACCCAGAUACCCAAGGUUACAUUGCUAUGUUGGGGCGCAGGCAAUGCGUCAUCCUGUGUAGCCAGAUGCCAGGAGGCAGUUCUUCCAUCGCCAACCGCUGACAAAAAGUCUCUAGCCAAAGUCCAAGUGCACAAAGUGGUAUUUUUCCUCCGCCUCAGCCUCCGUGCGUUGGUGCUGCUCCUCAAAUUCGGCCCCCUCCUCCUCCUGUCCCCCUUGGCUCUGGUGUCCACCCGCUGGGCCUCUCUCUGGGUGGACGCUCUGCUGUGGGUGACUGAAACAUCUGGUCCCACUUUCAUCAAGCUGGGGCAGUGGGCCAGCACCAGGCGGGACAUCUUCCCUCAGGAGUUCUGUGAACGCUUCUCCAGGCUUCACGUAAAGGUGCGCCCUCACUCCUGGGCCCACACCAAGCAGUGUCUCCGGAGGGCUUUCGGGGAGGGUUGGAGGAGGGUUUUACAGUUUGAGAGCAAAGAGCCGGUGGGUUCGGGAUGCGUGGCCCAGGUCUACAAAGGCUGGGCGAAGGCGGACCACGUGGAGGACCCGGCCUUCCAGUCGCUGGUGGAGGAGAUGGAGAAGGAAGACUUGCUGGAAGCCUGGGAGAUCCCUGGUCUGAGAGGAGUGGCCAGCUCCCUGUGGCAGCUCUGGAGGGGGAGAAGGGAGGAGGAGGGCUGUCCAAGUGGGUGAAUUGCUCUCUCGAGUCUUUGGUCUUCUGAUCAAACACAAGGUGAAGCUGGAGAGUAACUUCGCCUCCAUCGUGUUUGCCGUCAUGGUGCUGGAGGGUCUGGGCAGGUCACUUGAUCCAAACUUGGACAUCCUGGAUUCGGUCAAACCCCUGCUGCUAAAGAACGGUGCCUCGAUGCUCUGACACGCACACGGCUCACAAUGCAUUACACACAGACAGACACAUGUAAGUGUACAUACACCGAUCAGCCAUAUCAUUAUGAAAAAUGGGCAGCGUGAGGAUUUAAACGACUUUGACAAAGGUCAAAUUGUGAUGGCUAGACGACUGGAUCAGAGCAUCUCCAGAACUGCAGCUCCUGUGGGGUGUUCCCCCAGGUGGUCAUAAUGUUAUGGCUGAUCAGUGUAUAUUACAUCUAUAGACACAGCAUGCGUGUAUACUGUGUCCUCCCAAUGCCAUGAUGAUGGGUUGUCUUCAAGCUUACAGUACAAUAUUCCACAAGGAUCAAAAGAUCUUAUCACUGUUUGAAUCCAUAAAUACCUCAUUGAGUUUUACAUUGGUGGUGUUUCUACUUUCAUCACUGUUAACUUUGAAUUUUAUCAUCUGCUGUCUGGUUGUAGUCAAAAAAUUUAAUGUAAUCACCAAAAAUCCACUUCAAGGCACCUCUUACUGAGCCUAAUUAACUGCGUUUUACAUGAGAAACCACUUAUUUAUUGAGUGCUAAUGGAGUCAGACACACAGAUCAUCAGAGUCCAUUUGUAGCGAUCUAAGAUAGAAAAGAAAAUCCCUAGUUGAAACUUAAAAGCAUAUUUUUAACUUUUAAUGAUUAAUAUUGAUCUCAGGAUGUCUGAUCACUCCAUCUUUUAUUGCAUCAUAGGUAAUGUUAUCUAAUGGGCAUAUUUGCUUUGGUGUGAAUCCCAAUGUACUGUAACAUGUUCUCAUAGACUGCAUUGACAAUGUGAAGCCUUUGGCUAUUGUACUCACAACUGACAAUGAUCUUUUAACUUUCCGUUAUAACAAUGGGAACACUUGUAUGACUUAUGCAUAUCAAUAAAAAAAAGAGUAUCUAUGCUUUUUUCCUUUUUGUUGCCUCUUCUGACCAGUCGGAUGUUUUCGGACCCUUU